AUGUUUAACUCGGUUAAUCUGGGAAACUUCUGCUCACAGACGCGAAAAGACAGGACUUCUGAGUUCGGCGACAGAGCAAGCUGUGGGUCCAACCUUUACCUCCCCAGCUGCACCUAUUAUGUCCCCGAAUUUUCUGCCGUCUCUUCCUUCCUGCCACAGGCCCCUUCUCGGCAAAUCACCUACCCUUACUCCACGAACCUCUCCCAAGUGCAACCGGUUCGGGACGUUUCUUACAGUUUGGAGCCUUCAAGUAAGUGGCACCAUAGAGGAAACUAUGCGUCCUGCUACUCAGGGGAGGAACUGGUACAUAGGGACUGCCUUCCGCCAUCGUCCACCAUGACAGAAAUGCUGAUGAAAAACGAAAGUGUCUACAGCCAUCACCAUCACCACCACCACCACCCAAGCUCCAACCACCCUUCCACGGGCUUUUACUCGGGUGUAGGGAAAAACAACGUUCUUCCGCAGGGCUUUGACCGCUUUUUCGAAAGCACACACAGCGGGGCGGAUAACAGCUCGCAAGAGAACUGUGCAGAGAAGGGCGACUCCAGUAAACUGGAUUCAGCGUCCCAACCGCCUGCCGCCCACCACAGCGCCGCCGACCCGGAGAAAGACCCAGAAGAUGAAGAGGAAAACACUAAUUCGGGUUCUUGUGCCUCUUCAUCGGGCACGAAAGACGACAGCGCCAGCAAAACCAGCCACUCGAGUAGGAAGAAGAGGUGUCCUUACACGAAGUUCCAGAUUCGAGAACUGGAAAGAGAGUUCUUCUUUAAUGUUUAUAUCAACAAGGAGAAACGGCUGCAGCUCUCCAGAAUGCUAAACCUCACUGACCGUCAAGUCAAAAUCUGGUUCCAGAACCGCCGAAUGAAAGAAAAGAAAUUAAGCCGAGAUCGCCUGCAGUAUUUUUCUGGCAACCCCUUAUUGUGAACUCUAAACUGAUAGCUUUGGUGAGAAAUAAUCAUUCAUAUUAUCACCUCUAAAACUGAAUUGCCUUUGGAGGACAAAGCCAGAGUCGACUUCAGCUAAAAACAAGUGUUAGGUCAUGGAAACGCUGGGACU